AUGGGAGGCCCCUACGCCCCCGUCAUAGCCCAACUGGGCGGCCGACCAACGAAGAAUGUCGACAUACCAAUCUGUUCCGUCUUCCUGGCCGCAUUCCUCGGUUUCGGUAUCUGCCACAUGGUCCUUUUCCGCCGCAAUCUGGCCCGAGGCCACAAAUUCAUCCCCUCCGCCGUGACAUUCGGUUUCUGCAUGUCGCGCGUCGUCGCCAACGUGAUCCGGAUAACGUGGGCCUGUUACCCGCAUAACGUGCGAAUCGCAAUUGCCGCCCAGAUCUUCGUCGCGGCCGGUGUUUUGCUGCUCUUCAUCUUAAACCUGCUCUAUGCCCAGCGCAUGCUGCGGGCGGCCUUCCCGGCUAUCGGCUGGUCACGUCCUCUCUCGUGGGCGUUCAAGGUUCUCUACGUUCUGGUGGUGAUCUCGAUUAUCAUGCUUAUCACGGCUGUGAUUCAGAGUAUGUACACGCUCAAUGCGAAUACGCAUCGCAUCGAUCGUGAUAUUCAACUCUACGGAGUGACAUACUUUGCCAUCGUCUCGUUCCUGCCGUUGCCCAUCGUCUCACUGGUUCUGUUCUUCGCCGAGAAGGACAAAGUGGCCUCGUUUGGAUCGGGAUCGUGGCGGACCAAGGCUCUCAUCGUCUUCGUGGCUGGCACCCUGUUGUGUCUCGGUGCGUCGUUCCGGGCUGGAACUACCUGGAUGCCACCGCGUCCUGUCAAUGAUCCGCCGGCCUACAUGCACAAGGCCUGCUUCUACGUCUUUAAUUUUGGAAUCGAUAUCUCGGUCGUGAUCCUUUUCUUGUUCUCCCGCGUGGACAAGCGGUUCCACGUCCCGAAUGGCAGCUCCAAGGUGCGGCAUUACCGGGGGAGCGACGUUGCUGAGAAAAGUGACUCGGUCGGGCAGAUUCAAGAAGGUGAACCGAAGCGAGAUAUUGAAAGUAGCGGUAGCCAUGUAUAG